UCAUCCUCAUCCUUUUCUUCACAAACAUUUAUUUAUUUAUUCACCAACGAAACUCUCUCUCUUCUCAUCAUUCAUUUUCCUAUAAACACAUUUUCAUUCCCUUCAUCUCUUCUUUUCACCAUUUCUCAUGAAUUUCUUCAAAUCCGUUUUCUCCGACGACUCGGACCCUCCAGGAUCCGAAUCCAACAACGCUUCCUCCACCGACUCCCCAAACGCGCCACCUUCCGAUUCCUCUCCGUCACACCACCACCGUAAUCCUUCCGCCUCAUGGAAGAAUCUAAUCAAAACCCUAAGCGAAAAAUCCGAAUCCGUAAUCGAAAUUUACCGUCGCGAUCUUCAAGAAUUCGGUACUGGAUUGAAGAAAGAGAUAGAAGUUGCACAUGACUCUCUUGAAACGGUUGGACACGUCAUCGAUCAAUUCGGAAAUACCGUUAUCAAAGGAACGGCUCAGAUUAUAUCUCAAGGAAAAGAAGCAAUUCUUGAAUCUGAUUCUGUUCAGAAGAAGAAUAAGAAACAGAGUAAUUUGAAUUCGAAGAAGUAUAGUAGAUUUGAUGCACAAAUUCGUGCAAUUCAGGGUGAUGUUAAUACUUACAUUGAAGAACCUUUUGAUUUGGAGCGUUAUAAUAAGUGGAAAUUGGAGUUUUCUUUGGAAGGAAAAAAUGAAGAGAUUGAAGGGUUGUUAAAAGAGAAUGAUGAAAUGGAUAGUGUUUAUAAAAGAGUUGUUCCUAAUAAUGUUGAUAGGGAAACUUUUUGGUUAAGGUAUUAUUAUAAGGUUUAUAAGGUUAAGAAAGCUGAGGAUAUUAGGGCUAAGCUUGUGAGACGAAUGUCGAAGGAAGAGGACGAAGAUUUGAGUUGGGAUGUUGAAGAUCAGGAGUAUAUUGAUGAUGAUGAUGAUGAUGAUGAUGAUGAUGAUGAUGAUGAUGAUGAUGACGUAGAUGAGGAAGAUGAGUCUAAGGUUGAAAAGAGAGAUAGUUUAUUGCAAAACAAAAUGGUGGAGGAAUCAAAAGUUGAUGAGAAUUUGGAGGGUGUUCAAGAGAAGGGUGAUGGAAGUAAAGUGGAUAAUGUUAAUGAUUCUGAAGUGGAUUCUGAUAAGAAAAUGACAAUGGAGAGGAAUGCCAGCGAUGGAAAGUCUAUACCGGAAGAAAGUCGGGAGGAGAAGGAGAAGGAGAAGGAGGAGGAGAAGGAGCUUGAGUGGGAUGAGAUUGAGGAUCUUAGUAGCAUUCAUGAAAAGAAGGCAAUGGGGGAGAGCGGUAGCGCAAGCAAAGUUGAUUUGCUGAAGCGCUUGAGUUCUGCGGCCGAAGAAGAAGAUUUGAGUUGGGAUAUUGAAGAUGAUGAUGAGCCUGCCAAGGCUUGAUAUUAUAUAUAUACAUGUAAGUUUGCUUUUGGCAAUAGAAAUUUAGCAUUUCAUUAUUUUUUAUCUGUAUAGAUUUCUCAGAAGUAGUUGUUUCAUUGUUCAAUAUCCUAAAUCAUGUCAAAUAAUGUAUGGAAUAGCAAUUGUUUGUAUAGACAAGUCUCUUCUCUUUAAUGUUUGUCAAAUGUUUUUGAUAUACUAGAUUUUUAACCUCCACUUGUGAAUUAGUAACUAUUAUGGGUGGCCAUUUACAUGUAUAUUUUCAUGUGAGAGUUGGAGAUUGUGCUUUAGCUAAUUGUUUCAUUUACAA